AUGACUGCUGGCGCCUCCUCCUCCUGCCCGUGCGCCGACGUGGCCGUCAGCGGAGGCGGGGAAACCCUGUGGAAUGCUGGAGCGACGGGCAUUUACCCUCCGGGCAACCAGUAUACGCUCGGGGGCGAGGUUUUUGAUCUUGCUGACGGCGAUCAGCUGCCUGACGGCGGCCGGCUGGUCUAUGUGCAGAGUGACACAAAUCAGCACUACCUCGCCUACAUCGGCGGUCAGUGGCAGCUUCGAGCUUACGUGGUUCCUUCUACGCUCCUGUUCUACGCUUCCUCUGAGGAGGCCUGCCCAACAGCCGUCGCCAGCGGGAACAUUCGGAGAACAGACGUAGACGUGGACUGUGUGGAUGCGAACUGCUAUGAUCCUUACGGCUCAGAAAUAGCCACGUGUCCUCCUCCGCCACCGCCCUCGCGGCCGCCUUACCCGCCGGAACUAGCGCCAUAUCCACCACCGCCGUCACCGCCGCCGCCGCCGCCGCCCUCGCCGCCGCCGCUGCCGCCGCCACCGCCGCCACCGCCGCCCUCGCCGCCGCCCUCUCCGCCGCCAACGCGAGACAUCUGCGGCAACGCGCCCACAGUGUGCGACGGCACAUACACCGGCACUGCUCUCGACCUCUCGAAUCGCGGCCUCACGGGCUCAAUCCCAGCGGAGCUGGCCGACCUCGACUCGCUGCAGCUACUCGACCUGCGCGACAACCAACUCGAGUACCCGCGCAGCAGCGAAGCCCGCGUCGAGUACGAUCUUGCCACCCGCAUCUGCCGCGGCGCAGGAAGUGUCCAAUGUUUCGGUAUCCCUCCCACGGGUUGUAGCGCGUUUGCGGACGCGCUGCUAUCCGUCACCGACCCCAACGAGUGCGUGGUCUGCGACAACCAGACUGCAAGCCUCAUUGUCGUCGGCGUCUGCAUCCUCGUCGGCAUCAUCGCCCUCGCCGCCUUCGUCCGCCUCGUCGUCCGCAACCCCUGGGCCCUCAAGCGGUGGGUCUCAACCGCCGCCAUCCUCUUCAAUCACGCCCAGACGGCCAGCAUCAUCGCAAGCAUGCGUCUCGAGUGGCCCCGCUCCCUCAUCGCAAUCGCCUCCGCGCUCAAGCUCGACCUGCUCAUGCUGCCCAGCGCCAGCUGCCUUGUUGGGGGAGAGGAUGAUUCGGCGUUUGAGUCGUACACAGUCUACGCCUCCUCUGCCAUGCUCGUUUUGCUGCUCGCGCCCCUGCUCGUCAAGUACUUCUCCCUCUACCGCCGCCGGCUCGCCAUCGCCGACACGGCGGAGCUCGUACUGAGCCUGAUCUACUCGCUGCUCUUCACCUUUGCAUGGAGUCUCGUGCUAGAGCUCGUGGCGUACGCGGUUGGCCCUGCCGAGAUCGGUGCUGGGUUGGCCCUGCCGUCGGUACUGGGUGCGCUGCUGCUGGUCCUCUUGCUCCGCUUCUCGGGCAGCGUCCGCGCCUUCAAGCGCGGAGUCAAGAGUGGAGUGUGGCGGCGCCCGAACUCGUGCGGAGGCUCUGCCUGCUGCGGCUCACGCCCCAUCCCUCCCCGCCGGCUCGAGCGGCAAGUCGCCUACCUCGUCGGCCGCUUCGCUCGCCACGCUCCCCGCUGGCAGAUCGUCAUCUGGCUUCGGCAGCUCCUUCUCCUACUCAUCGCCUUCACCAGCAACAUGCUCUUUGAUGCGACCACAGAGAAUACCUUCAACGCCGGCCGCUACGCCAUCGCCGCCCUCGCGAUCGCCGUCACGCUCGUCUUUUGGCGCCUCCACCGCCGCGCCAUACCCUUCGCCUUCCGCUUCCAGAAUGCGCUCGAGUCGUGCCUUUACGGGGCUACCGCUCUCUUCCUCGCCCUCGCCAUGGUUUACACCGCGCUCCCCGCCGACCCUGCCGCUGCGCGAGUGAGCGUCGAGGCGCUCAUGGCCAUCGUGCUUCUCGGCAGCCUCAUCGUCGGCGCCGUCUACUCGAUCCGGGAGCUGCGGCGGAUGCGCCGCGUGCUCGCUGACGUCGACCUCUCCGCCAUCCUCAGCGCCGCCGACUCCAAGAUCGACGGCUCGCUCGCGGAUCGGCUGCGCGACGGCUCGGUGCGGUUGCUUCGCAGCAGCUGGCUGGCGUCGCCCGCCUCCGACGCUUUCCUCGGCCGCGACGCCCCUGGCGCCGUCAUCAUGAAGAGGCAGCAGGACAUGCCGGCAGAAGCGUUUGUGCCUUGCGAUGAGGCGGUGGCGAUGCUCGAGCGAGGCGACCGGUCUAUACUAGCGCUCUCGUACGGCUGGCUGACAGCGCUUCACCCGGACCCUCGCGGCACUACCCUUGCCGCCGUCCGCCGCUUCCUCGAUGCCGACCCGGCGGCCAGCGACACCGGGCUCUUCUGGGACUUUUGCAGCCUUCCGCAAAAGGGCCCAAACGGGGAGGAGAAGACCGAGGAGGAGAAGGCCAUGUUCGGGCGAGGCCUCAAAGUGAUGGGGAACUUCUACGCCAGCGUCACGGGCACCUCCGUCAUCCAGCAGCGCAGCAUCGACCUCCCGCCAGGCGCGACCACCGGGUUCGGACCGGGAGAGUACAACCCAACGCCGUACGAGGGCGAGGGAGGGCGAGGGUGGUGCAUCUUCGAGCAGGGGACCGCGAUGACGGUGCUGGCGCACCUGACGGCGGCGGAGAGGCAGGCGGGGGAGGAGGGCAAGGCGCUGCCAGAGCGCUUCCGCCGCGCGCAAGCGAGCCGCGCCAAGGUGUAUGACAUCGGAGGGGAGGCGCCGGUGGCGCGCGAGUGCUCCCUGCCGCCAAAGGAGGUGCUGGACGAGGCGUGCCGCGCGAUCGAGAAGGCGCGCUUCACGGGCAAGGCGGACAAGGUGGUGGUGCCGCAGAUGCUGGCUGCGUUUGAGUGGAGCUUCCGGAGCACGUUUGAGCAGGCGCUCGAGGACCAUGCGACGAGCGGUGCGACGAUUGGGCGGAGGGAGCACGAGGCGAUAAGUAGGAAAGCUACGGAGCAGCGACGUAGGCAACAGGAUGACGACGCUCAAGACACUGAUGGGACGGAAAAUGUUUGA